CUGCCGAUGCCGUCGCCGCGCGCAUGGACACCAUCAUCACCUGCCACUCCGCACUCGGUCGCCUCCUAAGUUGCCGCUCCAUCUCUUGCUCCCCAGCCCUUCCUGAGGUCCUCUCUCUCCAUCGUCUCCCUCGCGGGCGCGUUUCCGAUCGACAUCGACCCCCCGGCCUAGCCGCAUGCUCUCACGGCGACAACGUACCGUCGCACCGGCACCGUACCUGGUGUGUGGUUUGGGAACAAGGGAAGGACGAACAAGAACGAUCGACCUGCCAAUUCGUCAUCACCUCGGUCCUAGGUAGGUGGUGCAUGCAUGAGCAGGAAGAGGAGAGAAGGAGGCGGCGGCGGAAAAGGCGGUGGGGGAGGGGAUCAUCAGCUGCACAGGGCAGGCGGCGGUGGGCCGACGGCGGUAACGGAUGCGCUCUCCAUGGACGGCGGCCUCCGCGAGGUGUCGGUCUCGGUCAUCUUCUCCGUCUGGUGCAUUCUUUUCCUCCUCCGCUCCCAGUUCCUCAACAGCCAGACCGACCCUUCAGAUUUCUACGGCGAGCACGGAAAGCGCGACAACUACUGCAAGGUAAUGCCACUGGAGGCAUACAUAUUCCCCGCCGAUAACGUCUCCUCCCCGACGUGCCAAUCGCCCCCCUCCUCGACGCACCACCAAGAAGCGCUACCACCGUCCAAUGCAACUGGCGGCAACUCGUCGUCCGAGGCGGCCUUCGUCGAGCUGGACGAGUUCCGGAGCCGCAUCCUGCAGGGCCAGGCCGACAACGACACCGCCGGCCGGCACCACCAUCGCGUCGCGGACGGCGCCACGCACCGACUGGAGCCGAGCGGCGCCGAGUACAACUACGCGGCGGCGUCCAAGGGCGCCAAGGUGCUGGCCCACAACAAGGAGGCCAAGGGUGCCGCCAACAUCCUGGACGGCGACAAGGACCGGUACCUCCGCAACCCCUGCUCCGCGGAGGGCAAGUUCGUGGUGGUGGAGCUCUCCGAGGAGACGCUGGUCCACACCGUGGCGCUGGCCAACCUGGAGCACUACUCCUCCAACUUCAAGGACAUCGAGCUCCACGGCAGCCUGAGCUACCCGGCGGAGGCGUCCUGGGAGCUGCUGGGCCGGUUCACGGCCGAGAACGCCAAGCACGCGCAGCGCUUCGUGCUGCCGGAGCCCAGGUGGACGCGCUACCUCCGCCUGCGCCUCGCCAGCCACUACGGCUCCGGGUUCUACUGCAUCCUCAGCUACCUCGAGGUGUACGGCAUCGACGCCGUGGAGCAGAUGCUGCAGGACUUCAUCGCCAGCAACAUCCCGGACGCCGACGCCGCGAAGACAGCCGCCGACGCCCGUAAGGACAGCGGCGGCCGCGACGACACCGCCGGCGCCCUGGUCCAUGCCAAGCAGGUGGACGGCACCGGGAGGAACGACAGCACAGGCGACGUGGCCAAGAAUAGCGCCAACAGCGCGGGUGACGCGAAGCCGGCGCAGCAGGCCAAGGAGCCGGCGAAGCAGUCGACGUCGUCGGGGCGGAUCCACGGCGACGCGGUGCUCAAGAUCCUGAUGCAGAAGAUGAGGUCGCUGGAGGUGGGGCUGUCGACGCUGGAGGAGUACACCAGGGUGCUCAACCAGAGGUACGGCGCCAAGCUGCCGGACCUGCAGAACGGGAUGUCGCAGACGGCCAAGGCGCUGGAGAAGAUGAAGGCCGACGUGAAGGACCUUGUCGACUGGAAGGACGACGUGGCGAGUGAUCUGGGAGAGCUAAAGGACUGGAAAUCAAGCGUCUUGGGGAAACUAGACGAUCUAGUCAGGGAGAACGAGGCGAUGAGGUGGGACGUGGAGGAAAUGCGGAGCAUUCAGGAGACACUGCAGAACAAGGAGCUGGCGGUGCUGUCCAUCAGCCUCUUCUUCGCAUGCCUGGCGCUCUUCAAGCUGGCCUGCGAUCGGGUGCUGCUGCUCUUCUCCAGCAAAGAGGAGGACGAGGAGAGGGCUGGGAGAGGAUGGAUGCUGGUGCUGGCGGCCAGCAGUCUGACCACCCUUAUCGUGCUGCUCUACAGCUAAACCUAACUUGCAUGUUUUUCUUAGGAAUAAUGACUUCGAAAGAUAGUGCUACCUCUGGUAGCCUUUCGGUGUAAAUUUGUUCCGGCUUAGGUUGUUAGCACUCUAGUGUUGUUUUAAGAAAAAAUAAAAUGCCGGUAAUAAGGACACCGGAUGCAUCA